AUGCAGUCAAGAAAUGUAAAUUUAAAGAGAGAAGAUCAUUUGAAAAUUACAGAAACAAAUCUCACUAUCAUGAUGGAAUUUGUCCUCUUGGGUUUCACUGAUAUUCCCCAAUUUCAAUGGUUUCUUUUUGGGAUAUUCUUAGUCAUCUAUGUGAUUAUCCUGUUGGGGAAUGGCAUCAUAAUUUUAAUAACCAGAGUAGAUGCCACUCUUCAGACGCCCAUGUAUUUUUUCCUCGGCAAUUUUUCCUUCCUAGAAAUCUGUUAUGUAUCGGUCACUCUUCCCAGGAUGCUCAUGGACCUUUGGACCCAGAGAGGAACCAUUUCUUUUUUCACUUGCGCUACACAAAUGUGCUUCUUCCUUAUCCUUGGAACCACUGAGUGCUUCCUCCUGGCCGUGAUGGCCUAUGACCGCUGUGUGGCCAUCUGUGACCCUCUGCACUAUCCCCUGGUCAUGCACCCCAAGGUCUGCGUUGGGCUGGUGGUUGCCUCCUGGAUCAGCGGUGCUCCAGUCCAGAUAGGCCAAACAUGCCAGAUUUUCUCUCUGCCUUUCUGUGGCUCCAACACAAUCAAUCAUUUCUUCUGUGACAUUCCGCCAUUGUUAAAACUGGCUUGUGGAGACAUCUUUGUGAAUGAGAUGGUGGUCUAUAUAUUCGGUAUAUUGUUCGUCACUGUUCCCUUUUUGCUGAUACUUGGAUUCUAUAUCAGAAUUAUCUCCACUAUCCUGAAGUUGCCAGCAAACACAGGGCGGACCAAAGCUUUCUCCACUUGCUCUUCCCACAUCACCGUUGUACUUUUAUUCUAUGGAUCAGCCACUGUCACCUACUUAAAGCCUAAAUCAAAUGAGCAUGAAGGACUAGACAAACUGAUAUCGCUUUUCUACACCAUUUUGACUCCAAUGUUCAAUCCUAUCAUAUAUAGUCUGCGGAACAAAGACGUCAGAAAGGCAAUGAGAAAAUUUCUUCCCUGA